UCUACCUAAUUAUGCAUUUUUGGCCUUGUGCGACUUAUACUCCGGAGCGACUUAUGUAUGUUUUUUUUUACCUAAUUAUUAUGCAUUUUUGGCCUUGUGCGACUUAUACUCCGGAGCAACUUAUGUAUGUUUGUUUUUUUUUACCGAAUUAUGCAUUUUUGGCCUUGUGCGACUUAUACUCCGGAGCGACUUAUGUAUGUUUUUUUUCUACCUAAUUAUGCAUUUUUGGACUUGUGCGACUUAUAUCCGGAGCGACUUAUGUAUAUGUUUUUUUCUACCUAAUUAUGCAUUUUUGGCCUUGUGCGACUUAUACUCCGGAGCGACUUAUGUAUGUUUUUUUCUACCAAAUUAUGCAUUUUUGGCCUUGGGCGACUUAUACUCCGGAGCAACUUAUGUAAGUUUGUUUUUUUUACCGAAUUAUGCAUUUUUGGCCUUGUGCGACUUAUACUCCGCAGCGACUUAUGUAUGUUUUUUUUCUACCUAAUUAUGCAUUUUUGGACUUGUGCGACUUAUAUCCGGAGCGACUUAUGUAUAUGUUUUUUUCUACCUAAUUAUGCAUUUUUGGCCUUGUGUGACUUAUACUCCGGAGCAACUUAUGUAUGUUUUUUCUACCUAAUUAUGCAUUUUUGGCCUUGUGUGACUUAUACUCCGGAGCGACUUAUGUAUGUUUUUUUUUUUACCUAAUUAUGCAUUUUUGGUCUUGUGCGACUUAUACUCCGGAGCGACUUAUGUAUGUUUUUUCUACCUUAAUUAUAAAUUUGUGACGCAUGAAGACUUAAGAAGGCGGCCGCUCCACACCAUCAAAGGGUGAGUUAUUUUUCGUUUGUGUUCAUUUUUUAUUGUUUGACUUAUUUCUUCCCUUCGACAUUUUAUAGAGUACUAAAUGUAAUAAGUUGGUGCAUUCAAUCCAUCCCCAAACAUUUGAUCAUUUUAUCAAAGUGACAAAAAAAAAAAAUGGAGACCAGUGAAGGACAGUCCCCAUCCCAUCAUCAAUAUCGGCCUCUCAUCCCUGACAAAUGUAUCACGUCACGCGUCAUGAGAGGAGAGGCGAUGAAGGAAAAGGUGCAGAGACUUUGUCCUCCGUCGUCCAUCAUCAACUUAUUCCUGACACGGACGCAGUCAUCCGCUUCUCCUUGUUUGACUCACACAUCGGAACGUCAUUGUUGACCCUCACACUCCCACAUGCACAAAUCCGUCAUCCACUGAUCCAUCUGGCAUUUUUAUGUUUAUACAUACACACGGAGACGGAGACUGUCCACCUCUCUUAACUUCUUUUGGACGCCUCGCCCUUCACUUCUUCUCGUCCGUCCUCGUGUCCUGCGUCUUCUCUUUGUAUCAGUAACAGGUUGAUCCAUGGCGCCCUCUCCAGACAUCCGUUAUGGCGGAUGUUUCCGAGGAACCCUGCCAGGCUGUGAGUGAUGAUGAUCUUCUGGACAGGAAGCCAGGAGACGCAGACCUGUCUCAUUCUGUCAGUGAGAGGGAGGGACGAGGUUAAGAGUGUUGUUACAAGGAGAAGAGCCACUGAAUGGAGGAUGGGACGCUAUCUUGAAAGAAGUCACUAAAACCCAAGAACCUGCAUGGAGACACGGUGAUGACAUCUGGAUGUCGUUGUGGAGUUAUGAAGAUACAAAGUCACCCGCUGGGACGUUCAACAAUUGGGAUUGGGAUCCACGAUGAUGGGGCCACAGAAAGAACUUGAACCGGGCUGUUUUUCCUCUCAGGUUCUCACUUCCAUCACCAACCUCCAUCAUCAUCAUCAUCUGCGUCAGUCAUGGUCACCUUAAUUGCAAACAGCACAGAGACUUGGACUACGGGCAACACUUCACUCCCUGAAGUAACGACCGGAUCCAGUUUUGGCGACAGAAACGGGAUGACAGCCUGUCUUCAAGAGCUAGCUCAUUUGGACGAAGGACUUUAUAAUGACUUCUAUGGACUUUGGAUAGCAUUGAUGGUCAUCAACUCCAUCAUAUUACUGGUGGGCAUGGCGCUGAACACAUUGGCUCUGUAUGUGUUCUGUUUCCGCACCAAACCAAAGAGCACGUCCGUGAUCUACACCAUCAAUCUAGCCGUGACCGACCUUCUGGUCAACCUCUCGUUGCCUACACGUAUUCUGCUUUACUACAACGGAAGCGCUUGCCUCACCUGCUCCUACUUGCACAUCUUCAGCUACUUUGUCAACAUGUACUGCAGCAUCCUCUUCCUCACCUGCAUAUGCGUGGACCGCUACCUUGCCAUCGUUCAGGUCGAAGCAUCCCGUCGGUGGCGUAACUCCGGCAUGGCAAAAUGCGUUUGUGUCUUGGUGUGGCUGUUCGCCAUCGUGGUCACCUACUCCUUCCUGUCCGCCUUCCAGCGCACAGGGUGCUGUCUUUCUAAGCUACUCUUCCUCACCGUGACAGAGUUCUUUGUGCCCCUCGUCAUCAUCGUGGUGUUCACGCUGCGGAUCGUGUGGGCGCUGGCGGACCGCCGCUUGAUGCAGCAGAGCAGAAAAAGACGACGUCGGGCCGUCCAGCUGCUGACCACAGUGCUGAUCAUCUUCACCGUGUGCUUCACGCCGUUCCACAUACGACAGGUGGUGGUGUACUUUUACCCGGACAUGCCUCACCACGCCAUCGUCUACCAUUUAACCGUCACGCUCAGCAGUCUGAACAGCUGCAUGGAUCCGGUGAUCUACUGCUUCGUCACAAACAACUUCCAGGCAACUAUGAGAAAUAUUUUCCGGCGUGCGGAGGCAGAGCAAAGCAGCGGUGACAUCAUCAGCAUGCAUCACAGCUCCAAGGCCUCGGGAGGGCCUGCUGUCGCCGUCCCCGAUGUCAUCACGAUGAACGUGAUUUCCUCCUCACCGCCGAAAGAGUCGGAGAAAAACUCAUUUUCAAUUCAACAUCACAGCAGGAAUUCGUAGUGGGGGCCGUACCGGAAAAUCGGGAACAAACCGAUUCAUCCAUACAUUUUCAAUACUGCUUGUCCUCAUUGGGUUCACAGGUGAGUCAGUUAGUCUCCUAACAUGGUAUUUACUAUUGGAGUAAAAGUUAUCUUAACAGCUAAGCCAGAAUGCUGCUAAAAUACAUAUGUGUCAAUUGCAGAGGAAGAAAAUAAACACUGUCUGGAUAUUUAUGUAUAUGCAGCACUUUAUAGCUUGGAUUCUAACCGGAAAGUUCAAAAUAAUGGUCCCUUUUGUACAGCAGAGGGCGACAUUGCUCCCCUUUCAGGACCACGAUGUAUAAUAUACAUGCAUGUAAUAUGUUUUUGUAUUUUUUACGUAAAAUUAUGAAUAUAAAGCAAUCAUUUGUGAUUAAUUUUAUUUGUUUUUUUUAUAUAAAGUACGAUUGCAGCACA